AUGUCAGCCAAACCUAUCGUCCUGGUUACUGGCGCCAAUGGCUAUAUUGCCGGGCCUACUAUCGAGGGUUUCCUCAAAGCAGGCUAUGCCGUCCGUGGAACUGUUCGUUCCAAGUCAUCCGCAGACUCUCUUGUAAAAGCAUUGUCGUCGUACGGCGAUGAUCUUGAGAUCGUCCAAGUUCCAGACAUUCUCAUACCGGGAGCCUUUGAUUCUGCUGUUAAAGGUGUUCACGCAAUCGCCCAUUUGGCUGCUGGAGUAAGCCUCAGUUUUACUGACCCCGAUCCUGUCCUUGAAGUCGCCAUUCGAGGCACAGAAGGUGUACUGGAAUCAGCUCUCAACGAACCCUCUGUUAAAACUGUCGUCCUGAUGUCGUCCAUUGCUGCCAUUACUGCCAUCAACCAAGAGAUGCCGUACCGUUUCACAGAAGCAGACUGGAACGAUGCUGCUUUAGCUGCUGUCAAGAAACUCGGUAAGGAGUCGUCUGGCGGAUUGAUCUACACUGCGAGCAAAGUGGCUGGCGAGAGGGCAUUCUGGAAGUUUCGCGAUGAGCGAAAGCCUUCUUUCACCAUGACUGCUCUUAAUCCUACCUUUGUCAUGGGACCGCAACCAGGUCUCGAAUCGAUCUCCAAGAUAGGCAGCACGACCGGUUUUAUCUGGCAGGUGUUUUCUGGCCAAGAGAUCCCCAAGCCCUUCACACCCGAUCCUAGCUAUGUUGAUGUUCGGGACAUCGCACGAGUUGCUGUGUUCAGCGUCGACCACCCGGAAAAGACGAAUGGAGAACGGUUCCUACUGACCUCAGGAAUUGUCCCUCCACAGGCUGCCGCAGAUAUUCUUCGUAAGGAGUAUCCUGAACGACAGGACAUCAUCAAGGUUGGGCAGCCUGGUGAAGGGUACUAUCCAGGUUAUGGAUAUCCCGAGGAGAGAGUCCUUGACGCUUCAAAGGCGAUCAAGCUAACCGGCCAGGACUUUUACCCAGUUGAGCAGACAAUCAUCGAUGCCGCUAAGUCUUUGGAGAAAUUUCUGUAG